AUGUUUUGGCUUGUAGUAUUAGCUGCAUCAGUGGCGCUAAGCGUCGGAGAGGCCGACGUGGACCAAGUGGCUGACUCCAGCCGCGUAUAUGGAAUACGUGAUAACGAUCGCCGCCGGGGACCAGACGAUGAUAUCCCAUAUUGGUCUCGUGGAAAUCGGAUCAUUGAGAGCGUCAACCUUCCUGACUACCGCGAGCCCACGGUUCUCCUCGACUAUAGAUACUUGAAGACAGGAGGAAGAGAUUACACCAGGGGCCCGGGCGGCCAGUACCUCAUCCUCCCACGGAAUGUACGUACGGAUGAGCAUAAAGAAUUCAGAAAUUAUGAUGAAUUUCUGGAGGCCCUCUCCCGUAGGAAUAGAGCAAGACACGAACUUCAGCGCCAGUAUUUCCGUGACAAUCAGGAAAACUGGGGUAAUCCUUCCUCACGUGGAUAUAACCAAGAUUAA